AUAAUGCAGAGACAGACGCACAACAUCAGAGACACAUCUAAGGCAGCGACUCUGAUCCACCUCUGGGAUGAAGGACACGCAGACUGACCUUUGACCCCUCAUGGAAUAAAAAUGGCACUUCGGCUGAGACAGGGGAGAAAGCGAGUCAUCUCACUCUCGGGGAAUUCUGGGAAUUUAAUAAACGUGUUAAGCUGAAGCAGGACUGGAUGAGCCUGGUGUUUUCCUUAUUUCAUUGGGGCUGAUGUUGUUCAGUGAAGAUGGAAUAAAGUCAGAAAUGUUCCUGAAGAAAAACUGAUCUCAGAAUAAAGUUUGAGUGGAGGAUGGAGCAGGAUUUUACACAGUAGAAGUAAAAGAGGAGUGAGCACUAACCUGGACUAACAUUAGCCAGUGUGGGUGAACAUUUAAACUCUUUAACACGCAGUUAAAACCCAGAUCAACUCUGGAACUUUCAUCCUGGAACCACAAACCUUCCAUCGCUCAUCGAAGUUAAAAAGUGGAGUUUCCCUUUAUCUGUAAAAACAACUUGAAACAUGGCCGCCACCGGGAGGAAACACUUUGUGAGAGACUUUAAUCAUUUCAUCACGUGUUACCUGUGUCGAGGUUACCUGAUCAAACCCACCACCGUCACCGAGUGCCUGCACACCUUUUGUAAGAGCUGCAUCGUUCAGCACUUUGAGGACAGUAAUGAUUGUCCCAGAUGUGGCAUCCAGGUCCAUGAGACCAACCCACUGGAGAUGCUCAGGUUGGACAACACCCUGGAGGAGAUCAUCUUCAAGCUGGUGCCCGGACUCAGAGAAAAAGAGGAGCAGCGAGAGCUGGAGUUCUGGAGGAGGAGCCAGAGAGAAAACGGUCAAGAAGCCCUGAGGCGUCAGAGGUUUGGGCUUCCUGAUGUCGGAGGUGACGACGGUGGUGCUGGUGGUGAAGACGAUGACGGCGAAGGUGGCGAUGACGACUACCACAGGAGUGACCCUCAGAUCGCCAUCUGUCUGGACUGUCUGCGGAACACGGGGCCGUCAGGAGAGAGCUCGGUCUCUGAUCUGAUGAAGAGGUUCAUCCGCUGCUCCAGUCGCGUUACCGUGGGAACAAUUAAGAAGUUUCUCAGUCUGAAGCUGAAGCUGCCGAGUUCUUAUGAGCUGGACGUUCUGUGUAACGGAGAGAUCAUGGGCAGAGAUCACACUCUGGAGUUCAUCUACAUGACGAGAUGGAGGCUCCACGGAGAAAACACGUAUCCCAUGGUCCUUGAGUACCGGCCACGCAUCGACUUCGGCUGAACCACGGCUGCAAGAGGAGGAACACGCACACACACACACACACACAAUGCCCACAAUGUGCAGAGAGAGAUUCAGAUGUAUUUUUGUACAGAUGAUGAUGAAGUGCAGAUGUUGCUAUGGUAACAGAGGUCAGAGGUUUUAUGCUACAUAGAAUAAUAUAUAUGCGAUAAUAUAAGAUAUUUUUAAAUGUACGUCCCUGUGCCUAAAAACCUUUGAUCAUAUCUUCACUUUGCCUGUUUAUCUUUAACUCUGUAGAUUAAAUGUUGAUUUUCUACCGCU